UGGGAGCGAUGCUUCCCCCUCUCAGUGCACACUAUAUCAUCUCCCUCUGUCUCUCAGAUGGAGUUAAGUCUCUCCCUCUUUUGAGGCACUGCUUUACUCUGUCCCUGGAUACACUCAUUCCAAAGUCACAGCGCAGGACAGGACACACUGCAAUACAAACACUCGUCUUUUUCAUCAUUUACAGCUGGAACUUUUCCCAGCUGUGAGUGGAGCUUUCAUGGAUUCUCCAUAUAAUGGCAACGCGUCUUUGCAGACAUCCACAUCCAACCUCAACGCCAGCUAUUCGAGACCUUCGGAAGCUGAGGAUGACGGGAAGGUGUCCAGUGACACCAUUUGGCUUUGGAUUGCUGUACUGGCAACUAUCGGCAACAUAGUGGUGGUGGCUGUGAGCUCAUUUGUGAUCUGUGGCAGAGGCACAAGUGACCACAGCUUACCUCCAGUUGCAGUUUGCCUGAAGAAGUUGGAUUAUCAACAGCAAUGUUCAUCUGAGAGCUAUUAACAGUUUUGAGAGCCAUUAGAGCUCCACAGAUCCCAUGUCAGCACAACAGAAGGAGACAAGUUUUGCUUGUGUUGGUAUUUUGAUCUAGACGAUAGAAGAAAAACAAGAGGACAUGGAAGUCAUAUUUAAACCUUCAUAACCUUUCUCUCUUCUUUAUAGAGGAAGCAAAACACUACAUCUCUUGGUUGUGGGUUUGACUGAUUUGACAAUGUGUUUAGUAUGUGAGAGAGUGCACACAUGUAAAACUAAGCCUGAAUUAAUGAGAUUUUAUCAACAUUUCAACAAAACUGGGCAGUCAUGACAACUACAAAUACAAUUGACAAAUUGACCUUUUGUGACUAAAAAUGUACACCCUUUUUUUCACAAACAUGCAUUUUUUAUGUUUCUCAACCUCAAUGACAGGCGUGGUACAUAAGCUAGGUCGAUAUGGUAUAUUUAGUAUUCUGCAAUUACACAGACAGACAAAACAAGUGGGAUAAGUGUCGGUGUUGAAUGAUUUAAGUGCAAGAGGAACAAAUGAACAUUUUGAUAUAGCUAAUGUAGUGCAAUCGGAGCUCUGUUCUGUUGCUUUAUAGCUCUCUUACUUAACAUGCACGACUACCAUCUUAUUUUCCUCCUUCACUUCUUCAUCAAUGGGUAAACUGUGUACCACCUUUUGUUGUUUAUAUCCAUUUAUGAGUAUAUGUUUGACAAUAUUUUCUGUAAGACAAACUUUGAUUUGGACUUUUUCAGUGAAGCCUUGUACCUAUUAUGUCUUUUUGUAAAGCUCGCUCUUUAUACUGUACGGGUCUUGUUGUAGAUUGGAUCUCUUGUAACAUAGCUUCAAUAAAUCUGUAAGAAUGUGAGA